UGACGAGGAAGUCGCCACAUGAUCCUAAAGCUGACUGAUGUGGCUUUCGUCCUUUUCGCCGGGAUAUGCUGGAAGAGGAGACGGCGUUAUAAGAAAGCAUUGUACUUAUUGCAUGGGUCUGAGCAAUGGGCUCUAAGAGUAAGAAGCGAGUCAUUUUGCCAACGCGCCCUGAUCCGCCCACCGUCGACCAGAUCCUGGAGGACGUUGGCAGGGCCUCUCCUAGCGACCCGGUCUUUACCAUGUUUCAGGACUGCUCACAAGAUCGUGGGACAGCGGCGGAGGGAGAGGUGGAGAGCCGAUACCUGCAGAGCCGGAGGUACCUGGAGUGGGUCGAGCAGCUGCAGGAGGCCCAGGCGCAGCUGGCCGCCCGGAGGGGGGAGCUCCACCUGGCCGGAGAGAGGCUGGAGCAGACUGUGGCCGAGGUCAGGGGGAGAGCGCUGUGAGACGGGCCCCCGGGCACCCUUAGGCACCCUCCAGGACCCUGCCCUGCAGUCAACUCCUGUAUGAGCAAUAACGCAGCGGCACCCGCCUCUGGUGCAGUGCGACUGGCAGCAGAAACACAGAAGCAAGAAGAUGCCCCGCUGGGCUGGAAGGACUCUGUAGCUCCUUUAUUGUGAGAGGAAAUCCUUCAAAAAAACACCAUUCAACGAGAAUGGAAAAGGAAUGUUGGGGUGUAACAGUGGUCUGUAAAUAAGUGUCUGUUUUUUCAUUUGUAAUCAGCGCAGCCCCUUCAGUUAUAGUAUUCAUAGUAUAAGCAGUCAUUCAUCUGUUGUACCCUGGUCGUGCGCGCAUGUUGCCACUCAGAAAUUACUUCCUGUGGGGGAAAUGGCACAAAGAAGCCAAGUGUUGUACAUGGAAAGAUUUCAGGAUUCUCGUUUAGUAGUUGUUAAAAUAAUUUAAAAAUUCUCAUUUUGUAACACAAUAAGUAGAUAAGCUAAAAGGUUAAUGAUGUUUAAUGAUGUCAAGACUGGUGUAAAUCCCUUAUUUCAAUAAAAAAAAAAUUGGCGUUACGG